AUGGAUUCUGAGACGUUCACCUACACCGAAAUCCCCCAAGGCGGAUUCUUCCGCCUGCUCAAAAUCUACGCAGGCUCCGCCAACGACCCGCUUGUGUGCGACCUCUUCAUAGCCGAGAUAGACACGGCUCCUCCAUACACGGCUCUUUCUUACGUAUGGGGGGAUCCAACAAGGAGCGCAGAAAUCAUUUGCUCCAACCAUAUUUGUCGUAUCGGACAGAGUCUUUCAGAUGGACUGCGUCGUAUGCGCGAUGCCGACGAGGACCGGAUCGCAUGGGCUGAUGCCAUAUGCAUCAAUCAGAAUGACAAUAUUGAGAAGGGUCAUCAAGUCGACUUGAUGGGUGUUAUCUACGACAAAGCCCGAGAUGUCCUCGUUUGGCUGGGCCCAGACACUACAGGCUCUGCUAAGGAAGCAUUCCGGUGCAUACGAACCAUCAACAACAAGAUCUAUACAAAGACAGACCUAGAGGAGUUCAUUCCCACCAAGGAAGAGAUGCCCUACACCUACCUUGCUAUGAAACCCGAAGGCGCCUCAGAGUAUACAGACCUGACAGGAAACCGAUACGGCAGGCGGUCAGUCCUCCCCUCCGUCUUCGGUGCCAACGGCAAAGACUGCAUCGGAAGGCUGUUUAGUCUCACCUGGUUCUCCCGUGUGUGGAUUCUCCAGGAGGUCGGCAUCGCUACUGAGGCGACAGCCUUCUGGGGCGAUUCAAGCAUCGACUUUGCAGAGAUUGCCGAAUUCAUUUACAACACCUUCUUCAGUGAAGAGAUCAAACUUCUCGUUGGGCCUGAGACUGCGGCUAUACUAUCUGGUGCGCCUUUAUAUGCCCUUUGGAACGUCUGGUCGACGUAUGAGAAGCAGGGUAACUGGAUGUACCGAAACCCAACGCUUAGAGCCUUCCAUGAUCAGUUGGCCCUUCACUGUGAUUUUGACUUUAUGCUCGUCAUGGAAGCCUCGCGGUAUUUCAACGCGACAAACAAGCUGGAUCACGUCUAUGCUUUUCUGGGUCAUCCCAAGGCGAAGAGGCCGGGAACGGAUAGGACUUGGCUUCAGGCGAAUUACUCGCUGAGUGUCGAGGAGCAGCACCGGUUGUUGGCAGUCAAUAUCGCCCAGCACUCGCUCAACUUUCUGGUCCAGGCCCACCAGACCGAGGAGAGUUUGAGGCCUGAGUACGGACAUCCUUCAUGGAUACCUCAGUGGGACAGAAAGAUGCCCUCUCAUGCAGACGCAUUCUGGGAAGCCUGGGACGCCACUCUUCGAAAGGCAGAGCAAAAGCCUUUCAAAGCCCAGGCUGACGGUAAUAAGCUAACAGUCUCGGGAUAUGUCAUCGACACCAUCGACCAGUUCACGCGAGUCAUGGAAACCUCGGAUUUCGACUCGCCCAAGGGGAGCGGUCACCUCAUCGACCUAUGCUGGGAGAUUGCCGCGAAGAAGCCUUCUCCGUAUCCAAAGGAGAAGGUCAACGAGGCCUUUGCUUCAACGCUCGUGUGCUACUACGACAGCAAAGACGACGAAGCCGGCGAUGGACGGAACCGUGUGGUAGAGCAAUUCGCCGGCUACUGCCUACGCCAAAACGAGGUCUUUUAUGCAGCCCAUCUCAAACCUGGACGAGGAUUCUGGUCUCUCGAUACGGUUGUAAGGGUGGGUCGUAUGUUUGAUCCAGCCUUCAAGUCGUACGGGACCAACAGACGGUUCUUCAACACUGUUUCACACGGGUUCUGGGGGCUAGGGCCGAAGGCGAUGCAAAAGGGGGAUGUUUGUGUGUUAUUAUUCGGUGCCGAUGUCCCGUUUGUGUUGAGGCCGACAGAGACAACUGGAGAGUUCAAGGUUGUUGGGCAGUGCUAUAUGUAUAAGUUUAUGGAUGGUGAGGCUAUCAAACAAUGGCGGGAUCGGAAUCAUCCUCAGGAGGAUUUUGUGUUGGUGUAG